AUGACAGAAGAGGCUCAAGGUGACCAAAGAGAGCAGGAUAGAUUCUUGCCGAUAGCCAAUAUUUCGCGUAUCAUGAAAAAAGCUUUACCACCUUCAGCAAAAAUCAGUAAAGAUGCCAAAGAAUGUGUGCAAGAAUGCGUCUCCGAGUUCAUCAGCUUUAUUACCAGUGAAGCCUGUGAGAAAUGCCUCAGUGAAAGAAGAAAGACAAUAAGUGGUGACGACCUGAUGUACGCUAUGAACACUCUUGGAUUCGAAAAGAACCCUAUGAUUUUUUUUCUAUACUUUUUCAGCCAUUUUUGACUAGAAAAAUAACCGGAAAAAAUAGUUUCUAGGUUUUUCCCUACCCUUCGAAAAGUAUAUUGAGCCUCUGCGCGUCUAUUUACAAAGAUACCGAGAUCUUUCCAAAGGAGAAAAAAAUGAUGAAGAAGGAAUCCCACCAAUGCUGUUUCCAAAGACACUUAAUGGAGAAGAUCAUGAAGAAGAGGAAGAAGAAGAAAAAUCAGACUAA